CUGCGUGCGUAUAUGAGGUACCACGGGACUGGUGCGAAGUUAGAUUCAAAUAAAAUAUAAAUUUUAAAGCUAAAAGUAAAAUGUGGAAACGUUAUAAUGAUAUCUCAAUCUCCUUUACAACUUACACUUGCCAUAUUAAAGCCUCAUGUAGUUAAAUCACCGUUUGCAUUAAAAAAAAUUAGAGAAAUAAUACUUGUCAAUGGUUUUAAAGUUGUAUGUACACAUAGAACAAUCAUCAGCCCUGAUGAAGCUGAAGAAUUUUAUAAAGAACAUAGGGAUAAGUUUUUUUAUAAUCGAUUAACAACAUUCAUGUGCAGUGGACCAUCGGAUGUUCACAUUUUAGCAAAUACUAAUGCUGUAACAAAGUGGAGACAAUUAUUAGGUCCUACCAAAGUUUUUCAAUCUCAGUAUUCAGCUCCAGAUUCAAUACGUGGAAUGUUUGGUUUGUCUGACACAAGAAAUGCUGCUCAUGGAUCAGAUUCUGUUGAGUCUGCUGAAAGGGAAAUUGGAAUAUUUUUGAAAAAUUUUAAUAUAAAGGAAUGGUAUGAAAAUGAAGAAACAUAUUUCAGAAUAGGAAGAUUAAAAUUUGAUCCAUUACUUUUUGUACAUACCAUAGAUAAAGAUGCUAUAGAUACUUGAAAUUAUACAUCACUAAUUUAAAUGUAUUUUAUGUAUAUUUAUAUGUGAAUGUUAAUUUGACAAUGUGAUUGUUGGAAUAAAGAAUUGUUU